UAGUAAAUUCUAGGUCGUCCGAGAAUCAGCGAGACUUGUCAUGGGAAGUUACUAAACGCUUUGCAGGUUGACGAUUUAGAUCAGUGUUAUAGAGCAGCGAGUUUAUUAAGAAGGGAUUUUUUUGUGAAGUGCAUUAGUGAAAAAUGGGGAAAGACUACUACAAAAUCCUCGGAAUUACUAAAGGUGCAUCGGAAGAUGAAAUUAAGAAGGGCUACAGGAAAAUGGCGCUGAAAUAUCACCCAGAUAAAAACAAAUCGCCGGGAGCCGAAGAAAAAUUCAAGGAAAUUGCAGAAGCAUAUGACGUACUGAGUGACCCAAACAAGAAAGAGAUUUACGAUAAGUAUGGCGAGGAGGGACUGAAAAACGGACCCCCUCCCGACAGUGGUUUCCAGGGAUCCGCGCCUGGUGGUGGCAACUUCCACUAUGAAUUCCAAGGGAAUCCAAGAGACACAUUCCGUAUGUUCUUUGGAGGGGACGACCCAUUCGCAAGCUUUUUCGGAGGCGGUGGUGGCGGACCGGGACGUGGAUUUGGUGGUCCCGGUGGUGGUGGCGGUCCACGUAUGUUUCAUUUCGGUGGCCCCCAGGGUCAGGAGGACAUGGAUGUUGACGAUAACCCGUUCGGGGGCAUGGGCGGUAUGGGGGGCAUGGGUGGAGGGCGACCACAAAGAAAAAGACAGGACUCCGCAGUGGUGCGCGAACUACCAGUGGCGCUAGAGGACAUUUAUAAAGGUGCCACGAAAAAGCUCAAAAUUACUCGUAAAGUGCUAAAUAAUGAUGGACGUACAACAAGAACAGAAGAUAAGAUCUUGACAAUUGAUAUAAAACCAGGAUGGAAAGCAGGAACAAAGAUAACAUUCCCAAAGGAGGGUGAUCAAACCCCCAACAACAUACCAGCUGAUGUUGUCUUUGUUAUAAAAGACAAACCACAUAGUAUAUUCACAAGGGAAGGCAGUGACAUUCGCUACAAAGCCAAAUUAUCGCUCAAAGAUGCUUUAUGUGGAACUACUCUACAAGUCCCAACAAUUGAUGGCAGGAAAAUCCCCCUACGUUUACGAGAAGUCGUGAAACCUCAUUCGGUCAAGCGGAUACAAGGCGAGGGAUUACCUAUACCAAAACAGCCAGGAAAACGUGGUGACUUAAUAAUCGAAUUUGACGUUGUGUUCCCAAACCAGAUCACAAACACUGCAAAAGAAAUUCUGGCGGACUGCCUGCCUUCGUCGUGAAUGCAAAGAACACAUAUCAAAAAAUUUUAUGAAUAUUGUAUAAAUGUGUAUGUAUGUAUAAAGAAAGGUGAAAAACCCCAGACAAUGUGAGAGUGCUAAAUGUAGACCUACACAAACUCGUUAACAUAAGACACUGAUAAACCAUUGUUUUGUAUCAAGACGUUGCGUAUGUGAUAUAUUGCUGCAGGGAUUGUGUGCUAUAUUCAGGAGUGCCGAUGUAUGCACUGCAUCUCAUGCUUGAAUUGUUGUAGAAGUGCUGAUGAGUGUAUAUUUAUGGCUGUGGGUGUUCACAUUGCCUUGAGAUGCUCUGUUUUGUUUUUAAGAACCAAUUAUAAUGAUGAGAAAAUGUAUAAAAAUGUUUCUGGAA